GGCGACAGGUGAACGGAGGUAGGGGGUGGGGGCGGCAUCUGCUUAGCCCGAGAAUGUUAGGCAGUUUGUGGCGGACCGUGUCGUGAGACAGUUCGGUUCUCGUUGUGUACGGUUUUCCCUCGUGUAUGUGCGUGUGUGACGUGUGUUUCGUGAACCUACCUUCUGCGUGAUUAAAAUGUUUUUGAGUGUUUCAAACAACAUGCGGACUGCACAUAGAACAACGAACCCGAUUACUACAUGAAAUGUAAUAAAUAAGUAUUUGACAUUCAGUGUUGUCAAUCAAUUGCUGUACGAAUUUCUUUUUAUUUUUUCGGGGAAGUGCAAUUCAGUCUCACCAAUAAUGUUUUGUUUUUUUUUGUGCAAUGUAAUUAAUUGAUUGUUCAAAUGACGAGAGAGUAAUGAUGCACAGAGAAAAAAUGAAGCCAAAAUACGCGCUCGAAGACUAUAUUUACGAAAUGGAAUCGAGAAGUUUGGAGCCUUCCGCGGAUCCAGAAGAUCUGGAUGUUUAUGGACAACUACAGAAAAAAGAAAAAGAUCUCAUCUUGGCUGCUGAACUUGGAAAAGCCCUUCUGGAAAAGAAUGAGGAAUUAAGCCGACAAAAUGAAAAAAUUGCUGAAGAUUUUUCCCAGAAAUUGGAGAAACAAGGAAUUAAUCAGCCGCAGGAGCAGUGA